AUGCGCUGCCCCUGGAGAGCUUCUCAUCUACAGCUACUGACUGUGACCGUCUUCUUAGUGACUCAAUGCAUAACUAUGGGAAUGCAAAGUAACUCUACAUCAAGCACCACAUUUGCACAACAUGUAAAUGAAAAGACAAGCAAGGGCAAUGCCAAUGCAGAUUCAGCAGUUAAUUCAUCUGUGAGUGGAAAGCAGUGUACUCUAAAAUCUGCAGAAGCUCGCACUGUUGAGACUGUGUCUGUGGGUGCCAAGCUUGUUCUCUCUUGCUGUCCCAUCCUCUCACCAACUUUGGUGCUAGCAACAUGGAAAGUAGACCUUGGAGGCAGGUUGAACUGCACCAUAGCCUACAAGGGAGAAGAAAAUAAGACCAGCAACAACUGCAGUGACAAUAGAAUAACCUGGGCCUCCAGACCUGACCAGAAUCCUGCCCUUCAGAUUGAGCGAGUGGCUGUCAGUCACGAAGGGAAGUAUCAGUGUGAGAUUGUAACACCAGACGGAAAUGUCCAUAUUGUUCAUCAGCUCCAAGUGUUAGUGCCUCCAGAGGUGACCACGUGGGCAGAGCAUAGAACUGCAGUGUGCCAGGCAGCUGCAGGGAAGCCGGCUGCACGGAUCUCCUGGGCUCCAGAGGGAGCUUGUGACACCGCAGAGGAAACACAUUUGGGCAAUGGCACGGCCACCAUCAAGAGUACAUGCCGCUUGGCAGAAGACCAUCUGUCUACUGUGAACUGUUCUAUCUUCCAUUUGACAGGCAACAUGACCAGAUCUAUAUCCAUACAGCUACAGCUGAGUGAAACGGAAAACUCAAUGCAAACAAUUUUAUCUUGUUCCAUUUCCCUAAUUCUUAUCGUCUUGACCAUCAUGGGAUCCAUUUUGUUUCUGAAAAACUAUCACUGCAGAAAAUGUAAAUUCAAAGAAAGAGAAGAUUCUUUAGUUAUGGAGGAUGAAAUGCAGCCUUAUGCCAGCUACACAGAAAAGAACAAUCCUCUGUAUGAUACUACAAACAGAACAAAGAUGUCCCAGGUUUAA